AUGACGACGAAUCAUUUGGAGAACAAGGUUCAUGCGGCCACUGAAUCGCUGUUCUACUUCAGCAAUGAAUUCCCCAAGCGUGACCUGCAGGACCUUUUCCGGCAAGCACACACGCGAAGCAAAUUGGCGCAGCACAAGUGCUUGGCACAAUUCAUACAAGAUGCAACACAAACCGUCAAACAGGAGAUUCAAGGACUGUCGAUGAAAUUACAGCACCUGUUCAAGCCAUUGGAAAGCGUCCUGACUUGGGCGGAAGAUCACGAGCUUCGGGAAGGCGCACUUUCUGGCGCAAUCGACGGUGUUCUGCUUAUCGUUGCCCAGAUGACUACACUCAUUGGAUAUCUUGAAAACAACACUGCCAAGAUGGAUGACAUUGCCACUGCUUCACUCGCUGGCUUAGGCGUUGGUCUAUUAACAGCAUGUGCUGUCUCUUCAGCAUCGACCAUCGCCGAUCUUUCAGCUACCGGAGCAGACGCCGUCAGAACUGCGUUUCGCCUCGGAGUUCAUGUGUACUACGUAUCACAGACUCUGGAAGCUCUUGAUCCAAGCGCACGUCCAGAAACCUGGGCAUACGUGAUCAACAACGUUACGCCAACAGAAGCACAAGAGCAGCUCGAUACGCUAUAUGCGAACAGCACUCAGCCUGCCACUAGCAAGGUCUUCAUCAGUGCACUAAGCCGAUCUUCGGUCACAGUCAGUGGUCCACCAGCGAGACUAAAGGCUCUUGUCACCGGCUCAGAGUUCUUUCGCACUUCGAGGUACAUCGCUCUGCCAGUCUAUGGAGGGCUCUGUCAUGCGCCGCAUGUAUAUGGUCAAGACGAUGUCGACAUGGUAAUGCAAAGUCGAGCAUUCUCUGUCCAAAAAGCACCCGCGACCCAUCUAAAGAGUGUAUGGUCAACUAGCUCUGGAUAUCCAUACCUUGUCGAGGACUCGAAAAGCUUGUUCGCAAGUGUCGUUGCAGAACUUCUCACCAAAGCUAUUUGCUGGGACAGUGUGGUCAGCUCAAUUGUCAAAUAUACCGGAUUGACCGACGCCUCCGAGAUGAUCAUCUACAAUUAUGGUAAUUCGAUACCUCUCAACGAGCUCGAAUCAGCUUUGAAGAGCAGCCCAGCCAAGCUCAAGGUCGUCAACAGCAAUCUUCUGUCGUGGAUGGGGCACAACUCCCCCACCAGCGUCAAGCCACGCAACACACUUCAGUCAAAGUUAGCAAUCGUUGGUAUGUCGUGCAGGCUACCAGGGGGUGCAACGAGCAACGAGCUGUUCUGGGAUGUCCUGAGACGCGGCGUUGAUACGUCGCAGGUCAUUCCCGCAGACAGGUUCGACGUUGCAACACAUUAUGAUCCUGCUGGCAAGCAGCUCAACAAGAGUAUGACCCAGUAUGGCUGCUUCAUAGAUGAGCCCGGACUCUUCGAUGCACCGUUCUUCAAUAUGUCACCACGAGAAGCUCAAACCGUCGAUCCCCAAAUGCGCCUUGCUUUGGUAACAGCCUACGAAGCACUGGAACAGGCUGGCUAUGUGGCCAAUCGUACAGCUUCUACACGACUUGAGCGCAUCGGCACAUAUUACGGCCAAGCUGCCGACGAUUAUCGAGAAGUCAACCAAGGACAAGAAGUGUCGACAUACUACAUUCCAGGAGGCUGUAGAGCAUUUGGUCCAGGCCGCAUCAAUUACUUUUUCAAGUUUGCUGGUCCAAGUUACAGUAUUGACACCGCCUGUUCUUCUGGGUUGGCUGCAGUCGAGGUAAGUCAGGUUACAAGUAUCGUCGCACCAACUAACCAUGGCCAGGUCGCAUGCCAGGCACUUUGGAGGGGCGAUGUCGACACGGCCGUGACUGGCGGCGUCAACAUUCUCACCAAUCCAGAUGGCUUCACAGGGCUGUGCAGCGGACACUUUCUGUCCAAAGGACACAAUGCUUGCAAGACAUGGGAUGCCACGGCCGAUGGGUAUUGUCGUGCUGAUGGAGUGGGGUCUCUGGUCAUCAAGAGGCUUGAAGACGCUGAGGACGAUAACGACAACAUACUGGGUGUGAUCCUUGGAGCUGGUACCAAUCACUCAGCGCAGGCUGUUUCUAUUACUCAUCCACAUGCUGGUCACCAAGCCUAUCUAGCACGGCAAGUCCUUCGACAGGCAGGGGUGGAUCCUCUCGAUGUGUCAUACGUCGAACUCCAUGGCACAGGCACGCAGGCUGGUGACAGCGAAGAGAUGCAAGGCAUUCUCGAUGUCUAUGCGCCACUCUCGAAACGACGCAGUCAAUCUCAACCUCUGCAUAUCGGAGCAGUGAAAGCCAACAUGGGUCACAGCGAAUCUUCCGCAGGCACUACUGCCUUGGUCAAAGUGCUUCUCAUGCUCCAGAACAACGUCAUUCCACCACAUAUCGGCAUCACUACUGAGAUGAAUCCGAAGUUUGGUCACGACUUCAAGAAACGCAACCUACACAUCCCAUUUGAGCUGACUCCCUGGGAGCACACCGAUGAUAAGAGGCGCAUUGCUGUUGUGAACAAUUUUGGCGCUGCUGGAGGGAACACUACCAUGAUCUUGGAAGAUGCACCAAUGCGAAGCAUAUCUCAAAGCGAUACGCGCAAAACACAUGUCGUUGUCUUGUCUGCCAAGACCAAAACCUCGUUGGUGGCCAACGUCGAUCGCCUGAUCAGUUACAUCGACUCCCAUCCAGACACACAGAUCGCCAACGUGUCGUAUACCACCACAGCACGGCGAUAUCAGCAUGUUCUACGGGUGGCUAUCUCGACAUCAGAGAUAGCGCACUUGCAGAAGCAGCUAUAUUCUCACCGGGAGAAGAUCGAGUACAUACAGCCUGUGCGAAAAGCUGAGCCCCCACCCGUCGCAUUCAGUUUUACAGGUCAAGGGGCAUCACACAAGUCGAUGAAUCUGGAGCUGUACCGAGACGUGCCGACGUUCCGUGAGUUCGUUCACCAACUCGACUCGCUCACACGAGCUCAAGGCUUUGAGUCAUUUAUCUGCGCACUCGAUGGCUCGCAUGACAAGGACCAUCAGCACUCCCCGGUGGUGACACAGCUUGCGCUUGUCUGUUCAGAGAUCGCCCUAGCAAAGUACUGGGCUUCCAUUGGAGUUCUACCGAACAUUGUUAUCGGACACAGUCUGGGUGAGUAUGCUGCAAUGCAUAUCGCUGGAGUCAUCAGCGCAUCAGACGCGAUUUUCCUCGUCGGUCGGAGAGCUCAGCUGCUACAAGAGAGAUGCAAGAUUGGUAGCCACCUCAUGAUGGCAGUGCGAGCUUCUGUUGAUCAGAUCACGCAGAGUGCUGCUGGCAAGCCUUUCACUGUUGCUUGUGUCAAUGGUCCUGCGGACACGGUCUUGGCUGGCACGAAAGAGGAGAUCGAGGUUAUCAAGACACCACUGGAGUCAUCUGGGCUUCAGUGCAUCAAGCUGGAUGUCGCAUUCGCAUUCCACUCUGAGCAGACAGACCCACUCCUGGACGACUUUGAAGCACUGGCGAAAUCGGGUGUCAUCUUCGCCGAGCCCAAGCUGCCGGUCAUUUCGCCGCUGCUUGGAAAAGUCAUCUUCGAUGCCAAGACCAUCAAUGCGACGUAUGUAAGGCGGGCCACACGAGAAGCAGUCGACUUUCUUGCAGCUCUGAACAACGCGCAAGAGAUUGGUGCGAUCGGCGGCGACACCGUCUGGGUCGAGAUUGGCCCACAUCCAGUAUGCACCGGGUUUGUGCGAUCCACGAUCCCAUCUGUCAAGCUUGCAUUACCAUCCUUCCGACGCGGCGAAGAGAACUGGAAGACCUUGUCCGACAGUAUUGCUCAACUAUACACCGUAGGAGUCGACAUCGAUUGGACCGAGCUGCACAGACCGUUCGAGAAGAAUCUUCGACUACUUGAUCUGCCAACAUAUGCUUUCAACGAAAAGACCUACUGGCUGCAAUACAAGGGAGAUUGGUGCCUGACCAAGGGCAAUACUUUCUAUGCUGACGAGCAGAAGAUCGUGCGAGGACAGCUACCAUCUGUGAGCGAGCUGCACACUUCCACAGUGCAGCAGAUUGUGGAACAAGUGUUCGACACUGACACAGGCAGCUGUACCGUGGUGAUCGAGUCUGAUAUGAUGCAACCCGACUUCCUAGCAGCCGCGCAUGGACACCGUAUGAAUGACUGUGGUGUUGCCACAUCUUCUAUCCAUGGUGACAUUGCAUUCACAUUGGCCGAACACAUUCACAAGAAGCUUGGUGUACACGGCAAAGAUACGCGAUACAACGUCGCGAACCUACAAGUCACUAAAGCCCUCGUGGCGCGAAAGAACACCGCGAAUCCACAGGUCAUACGGGUCACUGCAAGCACUACAGAUGUGCGGUCCGGCAUCGACCUCGUCUGGCAGAAUAUCAAUGCGAAUGGUGAUUCCGCGGAGCCAUUUGCAACUUCUUCCAUUCAUGCCGGAAUAUCGACCGACUGGAUCAGCUCGUGGAGCUCUCUUACUCACUUGGUUCGAGACAGGAUUGAAACACUCGACCGACUGGUUGCUGAAGGCAAGGCGAAUCGACUGUCGCACAACAUGGCAUACACACUGUUUGCAAGCAACCUUGUUGAUUACGCCGACAAAUAUCGAGGCAUGCAGUCGGUCGUCAUGCAUGGUCUCGAAGGGUGUGCCGACGUGGAGCUCAGCACGAAGGAAAGUGGUGUCUGGACUGUUCCGCCAUACUUCAUUGACAGCGUCGCACACCUUGCAGGCUUCAUCAUGAACUGCUCUGAUGCCAUUGAUGCCAAGAAGUUCUUCUGCAUCACGCCAGGCUGGAAGACUAUGCGCUUCGCAAGACCGCUGGUUCCUGGAGCGAGGUACCAGUCAUAUGUCAAGAUGAUACCCACCGUCGAGGACGAUACUGCGUACUUUGGUGAUGUGUACAUCUUGCAGGAUGGCGUUAUCAUUGGGCUUGUCGAAGGGAUAGAGUUUCAUCGCUAUCGCCGAAUUCUGCUGGAAAGACUUUUCUCGGCGCCUGACAGCACAAAUCUCGACGACACUACGGAGACCAAAGAUAUAUCAUCAAGCACUCAACACUCGGUUCCGGUCUCGAGACAGGUCCCUCCGGCAGCGAAAUCUUCGGCACAGACAGUAUUCGAGUCCAGCCUACCGUUUGCGGUGCCUGGACCUAGGAAAAGUACUGCAAGGCCUGCAGUUGACGAGAUCGCUGCCAGAGAGAAGCCGGUCGCAUCGCAGAGCAGUAGCAUCACCAACAGAGCAAUGCAGCUCAUAGCUGACGAGGUUGGUGUUGAGCUUGCGGAUCUGUGCGACGACGUUGGCUUCAGCGACCUUGGCGUCGACAGCUUGAUGUCUCUCGUGAUCGCAGAUACAUUCAGAGCGACGCUUGACAUCAAAGUCAAUGGCAGUCUCUUCCUCGACUACGAGACUAUAGGCGACCUGCGCAACUGGUUGGAGGAGACUUAUGCCUGA